CCGGCCCUGCCCCCGCGUCCGCCCCGCGCCGCAGCCGGGCCAGGCGCAGCGCUGCGGAGGCGAGGGCCGCGGGGCCGGGUCCGCGCGGCGAUGAUGAACAGGUUCCGAAAGUGGCUGUACAAACCCAAGAGGUCGGACCCGCAGCUGCUUGCCCAGUUCUACUAUGCGGAUGAGGAGCUGAACCAGGUGGCCGCCGAGCUGGACAGUCUGGACGGGCGGAAGGACCCACAGCGGUGCACGCUGCUUGUCAGCCAGUUCCGCUCCUGCCAGGACAACGUGUUAAACAUCAUUAACCAGAUCAUGGAUGUGUGCAUCCCCCAGGACCGAGCCCCGCGGGAUUUCUGCGUGAAGUUUCCCGAGGAAAUCCGGCACGACAACCUGGCGGGCCAGUUGUGGUUCGGUGCCGAGUGCCUGGCCGCCGGCUCCAUCAUCAUGAACCGCGAGCUGGAGAGCAUGGCCAUGCGCCCGCUGGCCAAGGAGCUGACCCGCAGCCUGGAGGACGUGCGGGGCGCCCUCCGCGAUCAGGCGCUGCGGGACCUCAACACCUACACAGAGAAGAUGAGGGAGGCGCUGAGGCACUUUGACGUCCUGUUUGCUGAGUUCGAGCUGAGCUACGUCUCGGCCAUGGUGCCCGUGAAGUCCCCCAGGGAGUACUACGUGCAGCAGGAGGUCAUCGUGCUGUUCUGCGAGACGGUGGAGAGGGCCCUGGACUUCGGGUACCUGACCCAGGACAUGAUUGACGACUAUGAACCGGCCCUCAUGUUCACCAUCCCCAGGUUGGCCAUCGUGUGCGGCCUCGUGGUCUAUGCAGACGGACCCCUGAACUUGGACCGCAAGGCAGAAGACAUGUCCGAGCUAUUCCGGCCCUUCCACACGUUGCUGCGGAAAAUAAGGGAUUUGCUGCAGACCCUGACUGAGGACGAGCUUCACACACUGGAAAGGAACCUCUGCAUUUCCCAGGACGUUGAGUUCCCCAUCCGGGCAGACGCUCAGGUGCCCCCAGCCCUGGCACCCGCCUUUCCCUCACCCCUUCCCGCCGAGGAGCUGCUCUCAGCCAAAGCCAAAAACCCGGAAGCGGAGAUGGCCUGCUCCAUGCAGUACGAUGACCAGGAGCUGGAGCAGCUCAACCGCAUGGUGCACAGGGCCGGGGACGAGAUGUCGUCCCUCCUCUCCCCGCCCAGCGCCUGCCAGUCCCCGGCACACAGGCCAGGGGUGGAGGGCAGCCCCCGUGGGGAGGCGUCCCCAGGCAGCGCACGGCUGCGGCCGGGCAGCGACGAGGAAGAAGGAAGGGUGUUCUUCAUGGAUGAUGUGGAGGGUGCCACAGAGGCCCCGGGCGGCCCGUCUGGGUGGGCGGGCAGUGCCAGUGCUGACCCCCAGGAGAGAGGGCAGGGCGGGGGGCGCAGAGAGGCAGGGGUCAGCAGUCCCACCGAGGCAGAGGAGGGGGACCUGAGCAAUAACAACGACGUCCCUCACGACAAGAUGUGGGCGCUGGGCCCCAACUCCUGCAGCUGCCUGGACGCGCAGCCGCACCUGGAUGGCUGGGAGGGGGGCGUGGAUGCCGCAGAGACGGCCGAGAUGAUCGCCCACCGGACAGGGGGCAUGAAGCUCUCAGCCACCGUCAUCUUCAAUCCCAAGUCGACCCCUGCCGUGGGCUCUACCGUCACCGCCCCGGAAGCUUCUGGAGAUGGCGUCUCCCUGUCAGAGCCUGCGGCCGAGGGGACAGACGGUGGCUCCCACAAACUCAGCACUGCGGCCACCAGCUGCCUCCUUAACUCCUGCGUGUGCUGCGGGGGCUGUGGGGGCAGCAGGGAGGACGCCGCCGCCCAGAGUCUGCGGGACAAGUGUGGCCCGGGAAGCAUCAUCAGCACCUCGUACAUCGACUCCGCCAAGGCCAGCGCCAAGGGCCCAGCUGCGAGACAGGAGGAGGCCCGGCCUGUGCUGGAGGCGUUGCCCUCAGAGGACGUCCCUACUUCCAAGUGCCUGACACACACCUCGGGGCCUCAGCUGGACUCAGCAGACAGGUCACCUGGAGUGGGCAAUGGCGCAAGUCCGAACAGGGAACCUCAGGCUGGACCGCAGGACGAGGGGCAGCCCUCGAAGGCCAGGGGGGAAAGUCAGCAGGGAGAGGCGGCCGAGGAGGAGCCUCAGCGCCAGUCGGGCUCCAGUCAAAUCUAUGAAGUAAGGUGUAUCCAGAGAAGUUUAUCUCUUCACCUUGCUCUUCCUUAAGGGCCUCACCCUACGAACGCUCUCGUCCGCCCUGCUCUCCUGGCCUUCUAACCUGGAGGCCUGGCCAUUGUAGUUUCUAGAGAUGCGCUCACCUUCCUGUCCAGCCUUGUGACCCCUGUGUAGCUGAGCCAGCCUGCCCUCAGUCAGGUCUUACUGCUGGCCUUGUGUUGGGCCGGACUCUGCCGUUACACACGGCGCAAACAUCUUCUCCUGUUUCUGAUAAAGCCACUUUUGAGCUGUAAACCCAGCCUCCUCAGCCACGUCCAGAGGAAUGAAUUAUCAUCAGAACCUGCUGGAUGGCUUUCUUCCUCAGGGCCCGCCGCACAGAGUUGAUUAUUGGUAAGUGAAUCAUUUUUCUGCAAGGAUGAUAGGAAAUCAUCAGAAAUUCUUCGACAGGGUAUGUGGAUUUUUCAAUUUUUGGCCCACCCCCCCCCUUAUCCAGUCCAGCCCGUGGACACCUACUCUGUCUCCUGCUUUCCUGACAUUUUCCCACGGUGGACACUGCUCGUUUGCGUCACGAAGAUGGCUUCCCGUGUCCCUUCCAGCUUUGCUCAAAGGCUGAGGCUGAGCUGAGCAAAGGAAAGAGAAGCCCCACCGUGGCCUUGAGGCAGUCUCAUCUUCUGGGAAGCUUUUCCAGAAGGUGCAGAGGGCCUAAGGAGGGAAGAAUGUGGCAGGUGGCCUGUGAUCAGGACAGCCAUGCGUCUGGGCCAGAACCUUGGACAGCGGUGUCUUCCCCCAACCCGCACCCCCCACCCCACCCUGACUGCGCCAGGGGCAGCAGGAAUCAGGUCAGCCAGGUGUCAGCAGAUGGUGCCCAUGGCCCACCAGCGGCAAACACGCCAGGAGCACCAUUCUCUCACGUCACAAGCUGACCUCACGGAGCGUGAUCGAAUGCUAAUGCGGAGGUGAGAGAGCAGGGGUACCGUUAACUUGGACAGACACAAAAGACCAACCUCACACAGGCGGGAAGUUUGCCCAGAUUCCAGUGGCCGGAUUCCUGAAAGUCUGGGGUGUUGCUGUCCUCGCGACGUCUCGAGGCUUCACGAUGGAGACCGUGGGGCUCAAGAGCAGGGGCCGGUGAUCAUCCCUCCCGUUCUGCAGAUGGGGAGGCUGGUGCUUGUCUCGGCUCAGACCACCUGGAGAGGUGGCUGGCCUGCAGUCUCCUGCCUGUCCACCGCCCCGCAGGUGCCUCUGCAGUCCCGGGGACUGGCGGGUGGAGGAGUGAGCAGUGGGCCUGCUGCUGUGCUCCUGGGUCCCAGUCCCGCGGUCCUGUGGGGAGGUCAGUCAGGUGCAGCCUCAUGCCUCUGCGAGCCACACAGAGCUGGCCCAGGCAGGAAGCACACGGAGCUGUGACAGAGGGUCUGCUCGUCCCGAGGACACGGGGAGCAAAUUUUCCUGGGCAGCAGAAGUCAGGUGGAAGGACCCGGCCCUGGGGUCUCUGCCAGGCUGGCUGGAGGGUCUGGGCCGGAGAAGCCCCCUCUGGGGUAUUCCCCCAGGCGCCACAUUCAACCCACUGCACUGCGGACCAAUUCUGUCCGUGCUGUUGCCAGGGUGCUGGGACAUGGCCCCCUGCAAAGUUCUCGGCGGAAUGUUCCAGAACCAUGCAUCCUUCAGCUCUUUUUACUGGCUUCUCUCCUUCCUUUCCAGGAAAAGUUAGGAUCUUUUUAAAGGGAAAGUUAGCAUUUUUAAAAAGCUUGUUGUUCCGUGUCUAAACUUACCUCACUGUUCCAGAACCUUUCAUGCUCAUGAAGCCUGAAUAAGCCACUUGUCUACAGCAUGGAAGCGCGACCUGUCUUUGUCCUUUCUGCAGACAUCUGACUAGAGCGUUUCCAUCCUGCUGCCUUCUUGAAAAAAUACCGUGGGCUCUCUUUUUUCCUAUUAUAAAUAUGGUCCCCGUUCAUUGUAAAAAACUUGAAAACAUAAGAACAGAAGGAAAUAAAAAUCACCCCGAAUCCUACGAGCAGUUUUAUUUUUUUCACUACAUAUUAUGAUCAUUUCUCUGUAAAGCGCUUGAAAAACACUAUUUCCAUUGAAUUCUACUGUGUCCUAAGGACAUACAGACAUACCUGGUUCAUUCUACAUUCUCCCAUUUCCAUGAGUCUUCUGUGUUAAGUUAGCCUUGUGGCCCCUCUCCCUUAGAUGUCUGCCCCUGGGGUUAUGUCUUUAGAGCCGAUCCUUGGUAGGGUCACCACGGCAAAGGUGUGGAAAGUCUCUGGGGCUCUUCCUGCCACAUACGGUCCGAUUGCUUUCCAGACACGCGCUGACUUAUCGAUUUAUCAUGCAGCGGGGCGCCCCUCCCCCGCCCUGAGACUUGAGAGGCGAAACACGAAACCCUUUUUGUUGGAGUUGGCUUUCCUCUGAUGGCUUUCCCCUGCGUACUUCUUUCCUACCCAUGUGUGAAACGACCGCUCCUGUCUUCCGCCUGUUUUCCAACUGGGUUUUCAUGACUUGUUUACUGACUUGAAAGCGUUCCUUCUGUCUCGUGUGUCUGCUGUGGACAGAUUUACCCCACGUGUUCCUUGCCCCCUGAUUUCAUGUGUUGAUGUCUUUUGAUUUACAGAAACCUUCAUUUUGUUUUGUGUAAUUAAAUUUAUGAAAAUUCUAGAGAAACCUUGUGGUUCUUGCUUUUCUUUUUCUCCUCUGGUUGGCUGUGCACCUGCCAUCCCUCCUCAUCCCAAGGCCAGGGCAUCGUCUCCUCUCCCGCUUGUGUGCUGUGGCUUUCUUUGUUUUACCACUAACUCUGACCCAGUUUCGGAGGUCCGGGUGGUUUUGCCUUCUGAGACUGUCUCUGACCGUCGGGGCUGAUGGCCAUCCUGACGCACAGGCAGGGUCGCUCUGGCCUGGCUUUGGGGCACCUUGUUGCCUGUCCCACCUUGGAGGCCUGCUCUGCAGUAUUCGUUUCUCCAGCUGUAUCUGAGAGUCUGUCUGGUGGCUCCCCUGGCCCUCUCUCAUGCAGUUGGUGGGCCUCCCUGGCUGCUCUGUUGGGUCGAAUGGUAAGAAUUUGGAAGGGCUGUCCUCGGCACAGUCUUCUAAGCCUCUGCUCUGAACCAGUGACCUGCGCUCUGACCAAGUUCUCUGUCCUUACAGAGGGGCAGUGCUGGCACGCCUCACCUGUUGUGCUUCCUCACCUGUUUGGGUAGUGGUAUUGGAGGACCUGUCCCCUGCAGCUGCAGAUGCAGUGGGAGGCUGGAUCCAGGGGAGGGAGUACACCUGGGGCUGGGUGCUUGACCUCAGCCUGCCUGAGCCUCCAUUUUGUCGGCUGCAAAAUGGGCUAACAGUAGUCGCCAGCUCAGGUGGCAUCUGGGGAAAGAGCUGAGAGGCCACAGAACAUCUUUUCUUCUUGUUACUCUGCGUCUUGCUUGUUGUUACUUGUCUUUGUUACUGGAUGUUCCUCACCCAUUAUUACUCAGUGCUGUGGUUCAGGAUUGUUACUCCCUGUUCCUUGCCAUCUUGCUAUUACCAGUCUUGACUACCUCCCCAUUCCAUCACCGGAUUUCACUGUUUCCGGACCUCAUUUCUACUCUGCAUGGGUGGUGUGACCUCUGGUCAGGGUGACUUGGAGCACUGUGGUGGGACUCUGCCCCAAGCUGACACACUCUGGACGACUCCAGCCUCCAGCGUCAUCUGUGCCCUGAGCUUGAUUCUUGACUGGCUCCUUUUCCAGCAGAUGUCUUGCCUUCCUCCGUGUGGUGGCUCUGUUGUGGUUCCCCCGAGUCCCUCUGCCCGUUGCUGGGGUUGGGACCCAGGCUCAGGGACAUUGAGGCCCUGGGGAUGCCCUGAGUCCAGCCCCCAGCCACUGUGGCUGCAGAGAUGAGCUCAGUGUCCAUGUUUCCUGAGCCGGGCUCCAGCUCCCCCUGAGUCCCAUCGACCCUCCUGCCCAGACGGAGGGAACCGUUUGAGAUCCCCGUGGACCUCGGCCCUGCCUCUGUGGCCAGUCCAGGGGAGGCAGCACAUGGCUGCACAGACCAAGCAUCCUCCAGAAGUAUGUGGGGGUUGGUGAGGCCUCCGUCAUGUGGAAACCUUCCGCAGAGGCAUGGGGCUGGCUCUCCUGAUGUCCUGUGUGCGCGUAUCACCCAGUCAGCUUUCCCUCCAGCAGACGGAGUCAGGCCCACCCCUCUGUGCCUGGGGUCAGCCCGGCUGCUGCUAUAUUCCGGCCUCCAUGACCUGGAAGGGCGUGCGUCCCUUUCCAGUGUAUGAUCAACAGCCUCGGCUCCUGGUGCAGGCAGUGGGCUGGUUGGGGGUGCCCCGGGGAACGAGUCCUGAGCCGGCACCUUCAAAGGUAAGGGGAUAUGAGUCAAGGCGUGGGAGCAGAAAGGACUGUGCUGCCUGGACCGGCUGGCCACUUGGUGGCCGGAGACGUGGAGGAGCUGUUUCCUGGCCUGACCCCACCUGCCCCAUUGCUGGUUCUUACGGGGGCUCCGCAGGGGACCAGCUCAAGGUAGGGUGACAGGGCAGGGCAGAGCCUACCCCUAACCUCUCUCUGGCAGCUGUGGGGCCCUGGGCUUGUGUCUGCCCCAUCAGGACACGCCCUUCACUGCCCUUUCUGCCAGAGCCAUUCAGGGUCAGGACGCUGGGGGCAGGCCUCGCUGCUGCAACCAUCUUACCCUGGGGCAGGUGUCCCCACCGCAGUGCACAGAGCGCCAAGGCCUCCCACCACGUCACGUCCCUGGAUGGAAAAACAAGAAUGAUUGAGCGGGUUAAAAAUAGAGAAGGACUUGGAAUUAAUUAGACUCUUGAAAAACAGAUUAGGCGUAAUGACUGUCAGCAACCCAACUGUUAAGUGACGGGGCUGUGCGGCCGACACGGAGUGUGAGGGCAUGAGGUCAGAGGGCAGGGCAGGGCUCUCACCUGAGCCCCUCACCGCACCCACCAUGCACCCUGUGGCAAGCAUAGUAACUAAGGCCCACGCCGCUAGAACCCCACAGGGUUGCAACGACCUUCAGGCUACCAAGAGUGCCAGCACAUGGCAGGCACUCGGGCGGGGGUCCUGGGAGGGUGCUACUCUUCUCAUUGACAGGCCUCCCUGGUGUCAGGGUCCUCCUUACAAACUCACAGCCGGGUGCGGAGCUGGCCUGGCUGAGGGGUGGUGGUGACUGGUUGGUGAGUGGGCACCCAGGACAGCUCCGUCCUGGCCUCCACCUGGUGACCCCACCCCAUGGCCUUAAAAGGUCCCCCUCAUUCCAGACAGCUCCUCCUUCCAGCUGGCUGCCUCCCUGCACCCCAGACAUCUCACAUCCUCCCACCCUGCUGCUCCCACCGCUUUCACCAUUGUCAGCGCACAACUGGGUUCCCCCCCUCCCCACCUGCCCCACCCCGUCCUUCGUCCUUCAGCCAGUGCCAGGAAGAAGGUAAAAUCCAUGCAUAAGAUGGAGAGUGACAGGUGGGCUCUGGGGCAGCUCCUGCAGUCGAGCAAUCAGGGGAGGCCUCCCUGGGGUGGUGACAUCCACUGAGACCUGAAUGGAGGACGGGAGAGGGAAGGAAUGUGCCCCAGGCAAUAGGUCCAGCAAAGGCCAAGAUGUCAGGCUUUUUCACCUGGGCUGUUCUGGGGGCGUGAGGUAGUACCCACCACGGUUCCAAUCGACUUGCCCUUGAGGACCGGGGAGGCUGAGCCUCUUUUCACGCUCCUUUGCGUCGGCCUGUCUUCUUUGACGAAGCGUCGACUGUAUUCAAACCUUUUGCUGUUUCUUUCGUUUGGGUUGUUUCCUUGUUGAGUUUUGAGAGUUCUUCAUUCAUCCAUGGGUCCUUUAUCAGAUAUAAUUUGCAAAUAUUUCUCCCAGUGUAUGGAUUGUCUUCUCAUUCUGAGUAUCUUUUGAAGAACAGAAGUCCUUAAUUUUGACGAAGUCCACAAUUUGUCAACUUUCUUCUUUCAUGGAUUGCAAUUUUGGUGUCAUAUCUAAGAAUUAUUUUUGUCACCCAAAAUCACAAUGGUUUUUCUUCUGUUCUAGAAGUUUUUACUUUUAGUUUUUACAUUUAGGUCUGUAAUCCGUUUGGGCCUAACUUUGUAUAUGGUGUGAGGUAUGGAUCAAGUUUUAUUUUGCAUAAGGAAAGCCAGUUGUUUCAGCACCGUUUGUUGAGAAAGCCUGUCCCUUCCCCAUGGAACUGCCUUUGCACCUUUGUCAAGUCAGUCAGCCAUAUACAUGCAGGUUUAUUUCUAGACUCACUAGUCUGUUUCGUUACCUGUCUGCGUUGACAGGAAUAUCACACUGUCUUGAUUAUGGUAGCUUUAUAACGAGCCUGAAAAUCAGGUGGUGUAAGUCUACAACUUUCUUCUUUUUCAAAGUUGUUUUGGUUCUUCUGGGUCCUCUAUAUUUCAUACGGAUUUUAGAACCAGGUUGUCAGUUUGUACGAAAAACAAAAGCAAAACAAAAACAAAACCUACUGGGACUUUGACUGGAAUUUUGUUGAAUCUAUAGAUCAACUUGGGAAGAAUUAAUCCCUUAAUAACAUCGUUUUCCAAUUCAUGAACAUAGUAUAUCUCUCCUUUUACUUAGGUUUUUAGUUCUCUCAGCGAAGUUUCACAAAGUCUUGCACAUCUUUUAUCAGGUCAGAUUUAUCUCUAAGUAUUUUAUAUUUUUGAUGCUAUUUAAAUGAUACUGUUUUGUAAUUUCAGUUUCCAAUUGUUUGUUGCUAAUAUGGGGAGAUGUAAUUGAGUGUUGUAUAUUGGUUUUAUCUCCUGCAACUCUACUAAACUCACUUCAUUAUUUACAGUAGUUCUUAUGAAGAUUCAUCAGAUUUCCUAUAGAUGAUGAUGUCAUCUAUGAAAAAAGCCAAUUUUAUGUCUCCUUUUUAAUUGGAUGUUGUUUACUUCUUUUUCUUGCAUUUUUGCCCUGGCAACGACCUCUAGUACAAUGUUAACUAGAAAAGUCGACACAGGAUAUUUUUGCCUUGUUCUGAUCUCAGAGGGAAAGCAUUACUAUCUAUUGUUGGCUGUAGGGUUUUCAUAGGCACCCUUAAUCAGGUUCAGGAAGUUCUCCUUUAUCCCCAGUUUGCUG